UUUUUCAUUUUCUCUCUUCUGCAUUUCCGCUAAAGGGAAGUCCAGCUGAAAAAGGAAAAACACAGAAGAGAUUGCUCGUUUUGGAGCGACGGGGACGCAGAUAAAGGCGAGCUCCUUCGCGAAAUCGUCUCUUCGCUCUGCAUUUCGGCGAGGUUGAUUCGGCGCUGUGGGCAGCAGCAGAGGUCGGCUCGAUUAGGGUUUCGGUCAGGGUUCGGACGAGCUCCGGUAGCUUCGGACGCCAUGGCGGAGGCGGAGGCGGAGCCUGAUGUUCCAGCUCCCGUCACUCCCAGCAACGACGGCGACCAGGGCGAGCCCGUCGAAUUGCGGUUUCUGGAAUUCUGCAAGAGCAAAUUGGGUUUGGAGGAGAGGAAUUGCGUGGAGUCUCUGACGCUGCUGAAAAAGACCAAAUCUGUGCUGCAGGCGAGCUCGACCGUUGUUGGUUCUGGAACGGCGGAAGACAUGGAACGCUAUUGGUUCGCUUUUGUAUUGUACACUGUUAGAAGGUUGAGUGAGAGAAAAGCAGAGGAUGAGCAAAAUGGGCCUGACGAGAUCGAGGUCCCUUUGUGCCAGAUAUUGACAGUUACGGGACUAAACAUCAUUGAAUUUUUCAAAGAGAUUCCGCAAUUUGUUAUCAAGGCCGGGCCAAUCGUAAGCGGCAUUUAUGGUGCCAAUUGGGAUAGCAAGCUAGAGGCAAGGGAGAUGCAGACAAACUUUGUGCAUUUAUGCAUUCUGAGCAAGUAUUAUAAACGUGUAUAUGGCGAAUUCUUCCUUCUAAAAGAUGCGAAAGAUGAUAUGAAGUCCGCUGUUUCGAGCGCUUCUAACCCUGUGAUUGUGUACCAACGUUUUGGAUGGUCGCUGUUUUUGGCGCUUCGAACCUUUAGCCGAUUUAAGGACCUUAUUUCUAGCACAAAUGAUUUGGUCUCUAUACUGGCUAUUCUGAUAAUACAUCUUCCAACCCGCUUCAGAGAUUUCAGCAUUUCUGAUUCAUCGCGAUUUGUUAAGAGAAGUGAGAAGGGGGUUGACCUGGUUGGAUCACUCUGUCAUCUUUAUGACACCUCAGAAGAUGAGAUCAAGAGAGCAUUGGAAAAAGCCAAUAAAGUGUUAGCAGAGAUUUUGGGGAAAACUCCGCGCCCAGCUUCAGAGUGCAAAGCGGAGAAUCUGGAGAAUAUUGACACAGAUGGUUUGAUCUACUUUGGGGAUCUCAUGGAGGAAGUGUCUUUGUCGUCCAUCUUAAGUACUUUAGAAAAAAAUUACAAAGAUGCAACUCGUAAUAAGAGUGAAUUCGACGAGACGGUAUUUCUAUAUGACGAGGACAGAUUGCUUGGAUCGGGAAGCUUGUCUGGGGGCGCCAUUAAUUUAACUGGUGCCAAGAGGAAAUAUGACUCAUUUGCCUCCCCUGCAAAGACUGUCGCGAGACCACUCUCUCCCAGCCGCUCUCCUGCAUCUCGCGUCAACGGUGUAAUUGUUGGUACUAAUUUGAGGAUCACUGCUACUCCUGUAAGCACUGCUAUGACAACUGCCAAGUGGCUUCGGACUAUCGUGUCUCCACUCCCAUCAAAACCUUCGAUGGACCUGCAUAGAUAUCUAGCGUUGUGCGAUAGGGAUGUGACCAGUGACGUGAUACGCAGGGCCCAUAUAAUUUUGGAGGCUAUCUUUCCGAACAGUGCUAUCGGUGAGCGCACUGUAACUGGAGGCUUGCAAAGUGCUAAUCUCAUGGACAAUAUGUGGGCUGAGCAACGAAGGCUGGAAGCCCUUAAGCUGUACUAUCGGGUUUUAGAAGCUAUGUGUAGAGCAGAGGCACAAAUUUUACAUUCGAAUAAUUUAACCUCUUUGUUAACAAAUGAGAGGUUUCAUAGAUGUAUGCUUGCCUGUUCCGCUGAGUUGGUUCUUGCAACGCAUAAGACUGUGACGAUGUUGUUUCCCGCGGUGCUAGAGCGAACUGGUAUUACAGCUUUUGAUCUUAGUAAGGUGAUAGAGAGUUUUAUUAGACAUGAGGAAACUCUUCCAAGAGAAUUGAGAAGGCAUCUGAAUACAUUAGAAGAGCGACUUCUAGAGAACAUGGUGUGGGAGAGAGGUUCCUCAAUGUACAACUCCUUGGUAGUGGCAAGACCGGCUCACUCUCCAGAGAUAAAUCGGCUAGGCUUGUUACCCGAACCAAUGCCGUCCUUGGAUGCCAUUGCCAUGCAUAUUAACUUUUCUUCCAGUGGAUUGCCCCAGUCACCGCUGCAAAAGCAUGAGACUUCUCCUGGUCAGAAUGGGGAUAUCAGGUCUCCCAAGAGAAUUUCUACAGACUACCGGAGCGUAUUAGUUGAAAGAAAUUUCACUUCGCCAGUAAAAGAUCGGCUUUUAGCCUUGAGCAAUAUCAAGCCAAAGUUACCGCCACCUCCACUUCAGUCUGCGUUUGCCAGUCCAACUCGACCACAUCCAGGAGGUGGAGGGGAAACAUGUGCAGAAACCGGGAUCAAUAUAUUCUUUAGCAAGAUUACUAAGCUAGCAGCUGUCAGAAUUAAUAGCAUGCUUGAAAGGCUACAACUCUCUCAGCAGAUAAAGGAAGGCGUUUACUGCCUAUUUCAGCAAAUACUCAAUCAGCAAACUAAUCUCUUCUUUAAUCGGCACAUUGAUCAAAUAAUACUCUGCUGUUUCUACGGUGUUGCAAAGAUCUAUCAAACAAACCUGACCUUUAGGGAGAUCAUUCACAACUAUAGGAAGCAACCCCAGUGCAAGCCACAAGUGUUCCGCAAUGUGUUUGUUGAUUGGUCAACCCGUCGUAAUGGGAAAACAGGGAAUGAGCAUGUGGAUAUUAUCAGUUUCUACAAUGAAAUAUUCAUUCCUUCUGUGAAGCCACUGCUUGUUGAAGUUGGGCCAGCUGGAGCAAAUACUAGAACAAACCGGGCUUCUGAAGCUGGCAAUAAAAAUGAUGCUCAAUGCCCCGGGUCACCUAAGAUAUCUCCUUUUCCAACUCUCCCGGAUAUGUCCCCAAAGAAAGUAUCUGCAUCCCACAACGUCUAUGUGUCUCCACUGAGAUCAUCUAAGAUGGACGCUUCAAUCUCUCAUAGCUCGAAAAGCUAUUAUGCUUGUGUAGGAGAGAGCACCCAUGCCUAUCAAAGCCCUUCCAAAGACCUUGUUGACAUCAACAGCCGCCUGAAUGGUACCCGAAAGGUGAGAGGCACACUUAAUUUCGAUGACGUUGAUGCUGGCCUCGUUAGUGACUCUAUGGUGGCCAACAGCCUCUACCUUCAGAAUGGGAGCAGUAUGUCUUCAUCAACUGCUAAGUUAUCUGAGAAACCAGAAUCUCAAAGUUAAAUGAUCCCCAGUCCAAUUCCUAUGCAUGUAAAUUCCAGUUCUUUUGUCCCCCUCAACUAGUUCAAUCAGGAAGUGGAAGCGUGCAGUGAGUUAUUUGUAUAAUAGCUGCCCUUUCCUUAUCUUCUGUCCAUGAGAAGGCUGCAUGAAAGUUACUUUAGUAGUUCAGUUUAAUAAAAUCUUAUAACCUCCACAGGAUAAAAUUAUAGCC